UAGAUUGGAAUGAGGGAGUGAAUGUUCCGGGUCAGAAUCUGGACGCGAGAGGAAAUUAACUCUGGGACGAACGGCGCGAAUAAAACGACAAUGUUUGCCUUCUUCCAGGAGAUGUAGGCCGGCUUCCAUGCUGGUAGUAACAGCGGGGAGUUUAACGUGGCCAAGCUAAGGGUGCCUUCAAACUAACUUAGGAAAGUGACGACGGAGAGUGAUCCCCAUGUUGGCCGCCACCUAACAUUCGGUACCUUGGACUUGUUUACGACUGGAACCACCUGUUAGUUUCGCUUUACCUGUGAUUUUUCUUUUUUUGUUUUAAUCCGGAGCGGCCGCUCCGUGGCAAUCUGUUGCAUUCCCUUCCAGGCUUGGACUGUUAGUUUGUCGCUCUGGUACGACAUUCACCCGCACCUCCCCCGUGAUGUUUCACUGUAUCCCCCUGUGGCGGUGCAACCGUCAUGUGGAGAUGAUCGAUAGACGCCACUGCUCGCUGCUCUUUGUGCCCGAUGACAUUUAUCGCUACUGUCGGAGUUUGGAGGAGCUCUUACUGGAUGCAAACCAACUUCGAGACUUGCCUAAGCCAUUUUUCCAACUGGCGAAGCUAAGAAAACUUGGCCUGAGUGACAAUGAGAUCCAGAGAAUUCCACCAGAAAUAGCUAACUUUGUACAGCUGGUCGAGCUGGAUGUAUCUCGAAAUGAUAUUAUGGAAAUCCCAGAGACCAUUUCAUAUUGCAAAGCCCUCCAAGUGGCAGACUUCAGCGGGAAUCCAUUAACAAGGCUACCUGAAAGCUUUCCAGAGCUACGGAAUCUAACAUGCCUUUCCAUCAAUGACAUCUCACUGCAAGUCCUACCAGAUAACAUUGGAAACCUCUCCAAUUUGGUGUCGCUCGAACUCAGAGAAAACCUGUUGACAUUCCUACCUGACUCGCUAUCUCUACUGCACAGACUGGAAGAACUCGACUUAGGCAAUAAUGAAUUAUAUAGUUUGCCAGACACAAUAGGCUGUCUUGUCAGUUUAAAGGACUUGUGGCUGGAUGGAAACCAGUUGGCUGAAAUACCCGCGGAGAUGGGCAGCAUGAAGAGCCUUUUGUGUCUAGAUGUGUCUGAAAACAAACUGGAGCGACUUCCAAUGGAGCUGGGGGGCUUGAUGGCACUCACUGACCUGCUGGUGUCUCAGAACCUCAUUGACUCUUUACCAGAAAGCAUUGGAAAACUGCGCAAUCUGUCGAUACUGAAAGCUGAUCAGAACAGGCUUACAUACCUGCCAGAGGGCAUCGGGAACUGUGAAAGUCUUACUGAACUUGUGCUAACAGAAAAUCAGAUACAGAGUUUGCCAAGAAGUGUAGGCAAAUUGAAACGGCUCUCCAACUUUAACUGUGACCGAAACCAGCUAACAUCCUUACCGAAAGAGAUUGGAGGUUGUAGCGGCCUGAAUGUCUUCUGUGUGCGAGAGAACCGACUGACGAGGAUUCCGUCGGAGCUGUCGCAAGCCACAGAGCUGCACGUGCUCGACGUGUCUGGAAAUAGGUUGGCCCACUUACCCUUGUCUUUGACAACACUUCGACUGAAAGCCUUAUGGCUCUCGGAAAACCAGUCGCAGCCCCUCCUCACCUUUCAGACCGAUGAGGAUCCUGACUCAGGAGAGAAGGUUCUCACCUGCGUGCUGCUACCUCAGCAACCCUAUGAAUCGGACAAUAAAGGCUCUGAUAAUCUUGCCCGAUUCGGAGCCCUGGAGAGCCUGGUGAAUGACAUGACCGAUGACACGUGGGAAAACAAAGCCAUGCACAGGAUCAGCGCUAUUCACUUCUUGGAUGAUGACGAUGAGGAGGACGAUGAAAAGGGAACACUACUCCGCCGUGCCACACCCCACCCGGGUGAGCUAAAAACCAUGAAGAAAGCUGCGGAGAACCUCCGCAAUGACCUGAACGCCGCCAAAGGCCUGGACUCCAACAAAAACGAGGUCAAUAAUGCUGCAGACAAUGUCACCACAUCUGUGUGACAUUUACUUUUUUAGAUUUUUUUUUUUUUUUUAAACCUCUCGCCAUAUUGUCCUGCACAAUCCAGCAACCUCGCACCCCCUUUUUUUUUUCUUAACCCUCCAAACCCCUGGCGUGGCCUUCCCGUCCUGUGAUUGAACCCUGGAAUGCCUGUAAGCUUGAUCCUUCUCCUUCCCACCAGGGCUGAUGUGCCUUCCUGUUUUUACUUCACAGCAAUAAUCCUCAGAGAUGCUCAUUUAAAUAUUUUUUACUUUUUUUUUUUUUAAAUGCCUCUUAAAAAAAAAAACAAUAGGUAGUUGCACUAUGACUCUAAAUCUCUAUAAUACAGUCAAACGUUUUUAAAUGUGUUAUAUAUUUGCUCUAUAUCUAUUUUUAAACACUGGGUGAAUUUCGGAGCAUAUAUAAAAGCAGGAGGUUUUGGAUCUACUGAUUAAGGAUUGUUGUAUAGUCUCCUGUGAAUACUUUUAUACUUUUUGGCAGCUCCAAUGUAAAUAGAAAUGUAUAGCAAAUUUUUAAAAAAUUAUUUUUCUUUCCGUUUUGAACUUGGUACUUUUUUCUUUAAAAAAAAAAAAAUCAAAAA